CUCGUUUCCCUCCCUCCUCGUCCUCUUACUACACCACAACUAACACCAGCUCUUCAUCGUAAUCACCCUCGCCAUACUGCAACCAGCGACCCGACACCUAAAUCCCAUCAACUACCUCUCCCGACCACGGACCGUUGCGUUCCCACCGAUCCACCGUCUCCCCAGAUCACAUCGGACAUCCUCGCUUGCCGCCGUACGCUUCUCCGAUUCCUCUGAGGUUUUAUUGGAUGAAAGCCGUGCGGCGGAAGACCAGAACCCCUUUUAUCACCCACGCCACGAGGACAACUUUCGACAGCUACUCCCCUUAGACGGCCCUCGCGUAUUUAAGGGAGGAAAGGGUCGUAAAUACGCCAUGUCCCGGAAUACACCAUUUUCUGAUGACGGGGGAGGAAUCACAGAUACAGACGCAGACACCAGUCGGAGUGUGACGCCAAAUAUUAAGUUGCCGUUGCAAAAGAUGGAACCCGCGGUAGUAAGGCAGGGGGGGGGAGGGGGGGUAGGAACAUUUCUAGGAGAGGGACUUCACAGGGGGGCUACGAGCAAUACUAAUAGUUCGUGGCUGGGUGAUCCUGACCGGGACUCGAGGGAUAGCAUAGAGUUGGAAGUAGAGAGGGGGGUAAAACUAGAGGACAUGAGGAGCCACAGAGCAAGGCAUCAAGCGCUACAGCAGGGCCAGCAACCAGAAGGCGGUAUGCCCAGAAGCGUGCCAAACAGACAUAGCGGGCUACCUGCCAUCGGCGACGAAGAAUCGCGGCCGCAAACACCAACCUCGGCUACCAGCGAAUGGAACCCCAGCCAUCCAUGCUUCCCACACCGCAAUCCAUAUGUCCCCACAAACUCACCGCUCUACGAAUCCACCCGCGUAAUCAGGAUCCAACGUGAUUUCAUGAUAAACGGUGACCUUUCGCCCGCUUACUCUAACACCUUCCCAGAGAUACUAGAACCGUAUGUUAGCGAGGAGCGCUUCCGGAUGGUCAUCGCAUACGUGAACAAGGAGCUUGCUAAAGCGUUUGAUCCGUGGAAUUUGUGGAAUUGGCUGGAUGUUAUGUUUGGCCUGCUCACGUUAUGGGUGUUGGAGGAUAUUAUCGAUACCUACAUCAAACGGAGAUUGCGGGCCGUCGAGGCGUUCUUACAGCAACAGAAUGAGGAGUUGGAACAGGCUAGGUCGCAGGCAGUUUUUGUACCGCUGAGACGAACGGGGUAUAUGAAUGUGAGAUUCUUCUUAGUGCCAGUUGCUGGUGUCAUGUUAACGGCGGUUCUUACAGUUGGAUAUACAAAUCCCAGACCCGAUGCCCCCACCAGAUGAAGGUGAUCAAUUACCAUCAGACCCCGAUCAUAAAUUCAAUAUUGCACCAUCUGAUGCUAGUAGCGCAGUUCCCACAAUUGAAAUAAACGAACCUAUAGGCUCACCACCACGGGCAGGCGCUCAUCUACAAUACACCACCACAGAUCACUACUCGAGUAGAUAAAACAUGCCAUCCUUUUCCCCUUUUUGGUACUGUUUUUCUUCUCCUUUUUCUUUCCCCCCCCCCCCGCGUUUUACUCUUUUUUUUGUUUGUUUGUUUGAAUUCAUCCUUUCACGGCCAGGUGUUCAAGAUGGACUUACGUUUUUUUUUUAUCCAACCUACCAAAGAAACCUUUAAUGGGUUACGCUUAAUUUCUACUCUUAUUACCGCUGCUACUCUGCGAACUUUUUUUUUCUACUUUGUAUCAUUACUUCACACUUAGCUUUUCUUUCCAUCCACUUUUUUUCUUCACUUCACUUAACUUCUCUUUUACUCUUCUUUACGUUUGCACCUUGCUUUUACUUUAGGUUGGUUAAAACCGAACCGGUAGAAUAUUUCUUCAGGGAUAUAUGUCUCCAGCUUUUUCUGUCUACUGGCGCGCAAACCAAGUUCUGGUGCAACAGGCGUUGGAUUUUGCUGUCAUUUUCGUUAAUGUGCACCAUAACUUAAUUUGCGCCCAAGUACUUCUGUUAUGGUAAUAUUACUACUGCACUCUUUCUUCUGUUAUUCCGCCUGACGGAUGAAUGAAUGGGUAGGUGGAAAUAUUAAUGACCUGGAGGGUUAUUUAUAUUUAACUGGCUGGCUUGUUGGUUAGUUGGAUGCAUCAUUUCUUCAUAGCCUGGUCUGGUCUAGUCCAAAACACACAAGCAUACAAAGAAACAAACAAA